AUGUAUCAAGAUACGGAAAAUGCUAUGUCAAAAGUUAAUAAAUUUGAAACUUCGAUUUCGGAGUUGAAAAAGAAAUCAUUUGUGACUGCCGCUGAUUUGGAGAGCUUUUCGGACAAUGACCUAACACCAGAAUACUUAGAGGCUUACCGAAGCUCCCUUGAGAACCCUGAGGCGUUUUGGAGUAAAGUUGGCAAGGAGUUAGAAUGGACCCGACCAUGGGAUCAAGUACUAGAUGAUAGUAAUCCACCUUUCACCAAAUGGUUUGUAGGUGGUGAGAUGUCAGUAUGCUACAACGCAGUCGACCGUCAUGUAGUCCAAGGUCGCGGAGAUCAGGUCGCGUUGGUGCAUGACUCGCCUCUUACGGAUACAGUCAAGAGAAUAACUUACUCUGAGCUGCAGGAUCAGGUAUCUCGCCUGGCAAGCAAGUUGACCUCACUAGGUGUGACCCGUGGCUCUCGCGUUGUAAUCUACAUGCCUCUUAUCCCAGAAGCAGUUAUAGCAAUGCUGGCCACCAACAGAGUUGGUGCUAUACAUUCUGUCGUAUUUGGAGGUUUCGCCGCAAGAGAAUUGAGAACUAGAAUAGAACACGCAGAGCCCACUGUUAUUAUUGCAGCCAGUUGUGGAGUUGAGCCAAAUAAGAUUGUCAGGUAUAAAGACAUAUUAGACGAAGCUUUGUGCCAAAGUUCGCACCAGCCGCGUAAUUGCAUCAUUUACCAACGCCGCAGAGUUCUCGAGUGUCACUUGGAGAAGAAUAGAGAUAUAUGCUGGGACGAAGCGAUGGAAAGUGAACCUGUGCCCUGUAUUUCAUUAGAAGCCAAUGAACCACUUUACAUUUUGUAUACUUCAGGUACCACGGACUCUCCAAAAGGUCUUCAAAGACCCUGUGGACAUGCAGCAACAGUUUGCUGGUCGAUGCGUUCCAUAUAUGGCCUUAAACGUGGAGUAUGGUGGGCGGCAUCAGACCUUGGCUGGGUGGUGGGACAUUCCUACAUCUGCUAUGGACCAUUAUUAGCUGGUCUUACCUCUGUGCUGUACGAAGGGAAGCCUGAUAGAACACCUGAUCCUGGGCAGUACUUUAGGAUAAUCGAACAACAUCGAGUGAACGCAUUGUUCACAAUACCAACAGUAUGCAGAGUACUUAAACGGGCUGACUCUUGUGGAAAAUACGCGAGACGGUACUGCAUCAAAACAUUGAAGAGUGUUUUCGUGGCUGGAGAGCAUUGUGACCAGGAAACAAGGCAUUGGGCGGAAAGAACUUUCGGAGUGCCCGUGUUAAAUCAUUGGUGGCAAUCGGAAUCUGGGUCUCCCAUCACUGCAGCUUGUCUGGGUUAUGGAGUGAAGAGUAUACGACCACAUUCCGCUGGGUAUCCUGUGCCCGGUUAUGAUUUAAGAGUUUUAAGAGAAGAGGGUACCGAAUGUCAGUCUGGUGAAGUGGGCCGUCUCGUCGCCAAGUUACCUCUACCUCCUGGCUUCUCUUCUACUCUAUGGAACGCCGACGACAGAUUUAAGAAAGUCUACUUUGACAAAUAUCCAGGCUUCUAUGACACACAAGACGUGGGCUGGAUCAGCCCAGAAGGCGCGGUUUGGGUUGUAGCAAGAGCCGAUGACGUCAUCAAUGUGGCUGGCCACAGAUUAUCAACGGCGGCUAUAGAAGAUGUCGUAUUAAAACACGCGAGAGUAGCUGAUGCUAUGGUAGUGGGAGCUCCAGACUUGACUAAAGGCGAUGUCCCUCUAUGCUUGUAUGUUAUGAGACCUCCGCAAGAUGACGAAGAAAUUGUCUCCGAGGAAACAGUAACGCAAGAGCUGAUAGCAUUAGUUCGUCAUCUAAUCGGUCCAAUAGCCGCUUUUAGAAAGGCCAUCGCCGUACCUGCGUUACCUCGAACUCGAUCAGGCAAGGCUCUCAGGGGCGCUGUAGCCAAAUUAGCCCGGUCCCAACAAAUAAAACUUCCCGCAACUAUAGAAGAUGCCACCGUAUUCCCAGAAAUAAAACUUGCAUUACAAAAAUGCGGGUAUGCCAUUGACGCCCCUGAUCCAGAGGCAAAUUGA